GGAUGCGUCGCUGGCCGGUGCUGGGCUUCGUGGCGUGGGCGGCGCUGCUGGUGGCGGCGGCGCUGGGCCUCUUCGCCCGCGGCUUCCUCCUGACGCGCGUGGAGCUGCCGGAGCGCAGCGCCUGCCGGAGCCCGCCCGGGCCGGGGCCUCCCCUCCCCUCGCCCGCCCAGGGCUGCUGGCUGCCCCGCCGCUUCGCCCGCGCCGUGCUGCUGCUCGUGGACGCCCUCCGCUUCGACUUCGCCCGCCACCGCCACGACGCCCCCGGGCCGCUGCCCGCCUUCGCCAACCGCCUGCCCGUGCUCCGCGCCCUGGCCCAGGCCGGCCGCGGCCGCCUCUACCGCUUCCGCGCAGACCCGCCCACCACCACCAUGCAGCGCCUCAAGGCCCUCGCCACCGGCUCCCUGCCCACCUUCGUCGACGCCGGCAGCAACUUCGCCUCCUACGCCGUGCGCGAGGACAACCUCCUCCGCCAGCUGGCCCGCAACGGCAGGCGCCUCGUCUUCAUGGGCGACGACACCUGGGACGGCCUCUUCCCCGGCGCCUUCGCCCAAGCCCGCUUCUUCCCCUCCUUCAACGUCAAGGACCUGCACACCGUCGACGACGGCAUCCUCCGGCACCUCGAGCCCACCGUGGAUGGCGGAGAGUGGGACCUGCUGAUUGCUCACUUCCUGGGCGUGGAUCACUGUGGCCACAAGCAUGGGCCGGAUCACCCCGAAAUGGCCAAGAAGCUCUCCCAGAUGGACACCAUGCUCAGGUCUUUGGUUGACCACCUGGCGAAUGACACGCUGCUCAUUGUGGCAGGGGACCACGGCAUGACGGGCACCGGGGACCACGGAGGAGACAGUGAGGAUGAGCUCGAUGCAGCCCUCUUUGUGUACAGCAAGGCUCCCCUCUUCCAGAACCCUCCCCCUGAGGAACCAGAGACCGUCCCCCAAGUGAACCUGGUGCCCACGCUAGCCUUGCUUCUGGGCGUGCCGAUCCCUUACAGCAACAUCGGGGAAGUGAUGGCGGAGCUCUUUGCGGUGGAGGGGGAUGCCGUCUCCUCAGGCCUCGCCCAGCUGGCUGCCUACAGCAUCAACGCCCGGCAGGUCAACCGCUUCCUGCAGUCCUACUCGCGGGCUGCCCAGGACCUCUCGGCAGAGAAGCUGCAGCGCCUCCAGGACCAGUUCUCCUCUUUGGCCGUGGACUACGAGAGGCUUCUGGCCACGGCUGCCCCUCCGGCCCUGUCUGAGGUGGAGCAGCUGCAGAGCCGCUUCAGGCGCUACCUGCGGGAGGCGCGGGCUGUGUGCGCCGAGUCCUGGGCCCGCUUCCAACCCGUCUGCAUGGUGGCCGGCUGCGCCCUCCUGGCCUCCUCCUGCCUGCUGUGCUGCGUGGCCUCCCGGCUGGCUUCCGGCCCCGGCUUCUCCUACCGCCAUCUCCUCUACUACCCUCUGCUGUGGGGCCUGGCGGGGGCCGCCGGGCUGGGGCUGGCUCACCUCUGGGGCUUGGCCAGAGCGGACUUCAUCCUGGCGUCUGCCUGGGUGGCGGCGGCCUCCCAGGGUGGGUUUUUCUGGCACUGCUGGGCAAGGCGGCCCCAGAGGUCCUGCUGGGCUGGUGCCCGACUCCCGUCUGGAGGCGUCAGCCUGAGGCAGAGGCUGUGGGCGUGGGCGGGCCCAGCUCUCCCCUCGGGGCUCCUGCUGGUGCGCUGCGGGGCGAUGCUGUCGGACAGCUUCGUGGUGGCCGAGGCCCAGCUGCUGCCUUUCCUGCUCGUCUCCUCGGCGCUGCUGCUGGUCCUGCGGCUCCACUGGGAAGGGCGGCUGGAGGACUCGCCCGCGUCCCGGAGGCUGUUCUGCUCGCUGAGCGUCCUCCUCGCCUGCGCGCGCCUCUCGGGGCUCUUCCGGCAGUGCCGCGAGGAGACCCCCGUCUGCCAGUCCUCCCCCCUCCUGGCCCCCCUCUCCAGCUUGCAGGACCCCCUGGCCAAGAACGUCUACUACCUGCUCUGCGUGGCCGUGCUGGGGGGCCUGGCCUGGGGGGUGCGAGCCUGGCUGCGCCACUACGGCAACCUCAACAGCCCCAGCGCCCCGGUGCUCUUUGUGCGCUGGGGGUUCCCCCUUCUGGCCGUCUGCAUUGGCGGCUACUGGGCCAUCGCCUCCGGGGCCGAGGAGGCCGCGGGGGUGCAGCUGGCGUUGGUGGCCUUCCCGCGGGCCGUCUUUCUCCUGGUGACGGCCGGCCUCCUCCUGCUCCUGUGGGACCCCGUGACGGUCUUUGUGCAGGACAGCCAGGGUGCGGCCGCGGCCGGGGGGCCCAUCCUGCUGCCCAGCUCCCAGGAGGGGCUCCGGCAGGUGAUCCCGCAGCUCUACCGCCGGAUGCAGGAGUCCCUGAGGAGCCGGCUGGAAGAGGCCAAGGCUGGCGGCAGGGCCCCCGUGGCCGCCUACGGACUGGGCAGCGUCUACUCGGCCGCCCUGCUCAUCGGCCUGGCCCUCCUGGCCUUCUUCUUCCUGCUGCUGCACAGCGAGCGGCUCAGCCUGGCCUUCCUGCUCCUCUGCCUCCAGACCUUCGCCUUGCUGGGGCUCCACGCCUCCACCCGGGCCCUCACUGCGCAGGCCGAUCCCUUCACGGUGCCCUGGGAGGCCCUUCUCAGCUGGGCCCUUGCUGCUGCGCAGUCCUUCUACGCCACGGGCCACCAGCCGGUCUUCCCCGCCAUCCACUGGAAAGUAGCCUUUGUCGGGUUCGAGGAGGGGCAUGAGACCAUCCUGGUGCCGGCUCUCCUGACUGGCGCCAACACCUUUGCCUCACACAUCCUCUUUGCAGCGGGGUGCCCCCUGCUUCUGCUGUGGCCCUUUGUCUGUGAGGCGCCCAGCCCCAGGAGCAGCAAGACGGACGGCGGGGAGGAGCCGCUGAUGGAGAUGAGGCUGCGGGAAGCUCCGGAGCGGUUCUCGCUGGCGCUGCUGCAGCUGGCGCUCAAGUAUUUGCUCAUCCUGGGCCUUCAGAUGCUGGCUUGUGUCUUGGCGGCCAUGAUCCUCAGAAGGCAUCUCAUGGUGUGGAAGGUGUUUGCCCCAAAGUUCCUCUUUGAGACCCUGGGCUUUGCGGUGAGCAGCCUCUCCCUGCUCUUGGGCCUCGGCCUGGUGAUGCGCGUGGACUGUGCGGUCAGCCAGUGGUUCAAGCAGCUCAUCCUUGCUCAGGCCAGGUAGCCCCAGCGGGAGGAGGACCUGCCACGGAGGCUUCGUCGAGCGAUCCUGGAGGUGCCAGGGACAAGGACUCGGCCGGCUGGCUGGCUCGGGCAGGCCAGGAAAGGACUCGGCUGUGUUCUCCCCCACCUGGGGCAGCUGGAUUUCCAUUGGCAGUGCCCCAUCCUUGGCUUUGAAUGGGCUGCCUCCUGUGACCUCACACGCCGCUCACCGCCACCUGUGGGAAUGAACUGUGAAAUGGCCUUUGGCACUGCUUUGCCGGGCAGGAAGGGUGCCUGGGACGGGUGAGGAAUGCAGGCGUGCAGACCCAAGCGCUCUUCUCUCUGGAGUGUGCUGCCGGGGCACUGAUGCUCGCGUGGCUGCUACGGCUUGCCCUGGUUGCCUGGGGACCUUUUGUGAGGUGCGAGCAAGCAACGGCGAAGGGUGCGGUUAGGGGGAGGUGCGUGCGUGCCGGGAAGGGUUUAGUGAAAUCGAUGGGUGCAGCAUAAUCUGAUGGUUGCCAGGGUUGCAGCAGAAGGAAUGCAAGUCCUUUGAAUGCUUGGAAGCGCUACCGAGAUGCUCAGUAUGGUGGACAGGUAGGAAAAGUCCAGAGUUCCUGCCCCGCGCGUUUUUGGUUAGGGCUGUGGCUGUAUGGCUGAGAGAGUCUGGACCAGAUCACCUUCGCAGCCUGGCUUGCUCUGUCUGCUGUGUCUUGUCCUCCACGCAGUGCUUGCAAGCAGCUGUGGGGAGAAGCAGGCAGGUCCUGCUGCUUCCGUUUGGGGGCGGGGGGAGACCUUGCUGACACAGGGCGUUUGCUGCUUCUGCCUCUCUUUGCAAAGAACUGGUGCCUUAAAUGUUCUUCCUGAGCUGGACCUUCUGGAAUCAGGGGUUGCCUGCAAGCACAGCGCAGGGGUUUCUCACCGGGAUCUCUUGGGUUGUUGCCGAUGGUUGCCACGGUUGCAGCAUAAUCAGUGGAGGUCCUUUGAACGCUUGGAAGUGCUACCAAGAUGCUCAGCAUGGUGGGAAGUGUUUUCGUUCAUCAGUUGGCCCCUUUCUGCUCUUGCCACCGUGUGUAUUUAAUGAUUUAUUUUGUUCAAAUAUUUCUCUACCAGCCAGGCAUCCUGGGACCCUCAGGGGGUCAGAAACAAUACGAGCAAGUUAAUAAAACAUCAAGAAGUAAAA